AUGGUUGUAGAUGAACCAGAAUUUCUACCAUUCAGAGCAGCUGCAAAUGCUGCAGCUUGGGGCCAUCAGCUGGGAUUGCCAUCGUCCUCCAUGCUGCUGAAUGCCAGCCCUUCCUGUCCAUUGCUCAGUAUGCUUGCACCAUCUUGGGACUCCCCACUACUUUCACUGGAGGUGCAGCCAUCUGCUGCUGAUCAACAAUGGGAGGCAUGGCAAGCAAGUCAUUCCAUGCCAUCCUUGGCUGCCAUUGCACCUAGCUGGGAUUCACCAACAUCUUCCCUGGCAGUCUCACCCCCACCUAGAUCAUUGCUGGCAUCUGCACAAAUUCCACAAACUGUGCCAUCUCCCCCAGAUCAUGCAUAUAUGGAUGAGUGGUUAGAUGGUGUGGCAGCCUCCAAGCCACAGCCCAUCCUGGCUACAUCAUAG